GGCCAAUCAGCGCCGCGGAAACCCUGCAGGAGCGGGGCGGGCGGCCCCGUACGGCCCCUCAGAGCCGGGGCGGCGGCGGCGGCGGCGAAGAUGGCGGCGGCGGACGGCGACGAUUCGCUUUACCCCAUCGCGGUGCUCAUCGACGAGCUCCGCAACGAGGACGUGCAGUUGCGGCUCAACAGCAUCAAGAAGCUCUCGACCAUCGCGCUGGCGCUGGGCGUGGAGCGAACCCGCAGCGAGCUCCUCCCUUUCCUCACCGACACCAUUUACGAUGAGGACGAGGUGCUGCUGGCGCUGGCCGAGCAGCUCGGCACCUUCACCGCCCUCGUGGGAGGGCCCGAGUUCGUGCACUGCCUGCUGCCCCCCCUGGAGAGCCUGGCCACGGUGGAGGAGACGGUUGUGCGGGACAAGGCGGUGGAGUCUCUCCGGGCCGUGUCCCACGAGCACUCCCCGCCGGACCUGGAGGGUCACUUCGUGCCGCUGGUCAAGCGCCUGGCGGGCGGCGAUUGGUUCACGUCCCGGACCUCGGCCUGCGGCCUCUUCAGCGUCUGCUACCCACGAGUGUCCAGCCCGGUCAAGGCUGAGCUGCGCCAGUACUUCCGGAACCUGUGCUCGGACGACACGCCCAUGGUGCGGCGCGCGGCCGCCUCCAAGCUGGGCGAGUUCGCCAAGGUGCUGGAGCUGGAGCACGUCAAGAGCGAGAUCAUCCCCAUGUUCUCCAACCUGGCCUCGGACGAGCAGGACUCGGUGCGGCUGCUGGCGGUGGAGGCGUGCGUGAGCAUCGCGCAGCUGCUGCCGCAGGAGGAGCUGGAGGGGCUGGUGAUGCCCACCCUGCGCCAGGCCGCCGAGGACAAGUCCUGGCGCGUCCGAUACAUGGUGGCCGACAAGUUCACCGAGCUCCAGCGCGCCGUGGGCCCCGAGAUCACCAAGACCGACCUGGUGGGGGCGUUCCAGAGCCUGAUGAAGGACUGCGAGGCCGAGGUCCGGGCGGCCGCGUCACACAAGGUCAAAGAGUUCUGCGAGAAUCUCUCCCCCGACUGCCGGGAGGCCGUGAUCAUGGGCCAGAUCCUGCCCUGCAUCAAGGAGCUGGUGUCCGAUGCCAACCAACACGUGAAGUCAGCGCUGGCCUCGGUGAUCAUGGGACUGUCCCCGAUCCUGGGCAAGGACAACACGGUGGAACACCUGCUGCCCCUGUUCCUGGCACAGCUCAAGGACGAGUGCCCCGAGGUGCGGCUGAACAUCAUCUCCAACCUGGACUGCGUGAACGAGGUGAUCGGCAUCCGGCAGCUCUCGCAGUCGCUGCUCCCGGCCAUCGUGGAGCUGGCCGAGGACGCCAAGUGGCGCGUGAGACUCGCCAUCAUCGAGUACAUGCCGCUGCUGGCCGGCCAGCUGGGCGUGGAGUUCUUCGAUGAGAAACUGAACUCGCUCUGCAUGGCCUGGCUGGUGGAUCACGUGUACGCCAUCCGCGAGGCCGCCACCAGUAACCUGCGCAAACUGGUGGAGAGGUUCGGGCACACCUGGGCCCAGGGCACCAUCGUGCCCAAGGUGCUCGCCAUGGCCGCCGACCCCAACUACCUGCACCGCAUGACCACGCUGUUCUGCAUCAACGUGUUGUCGGAGGUGUGCGGUCAGGAGGUCACCACCACGCAGAUGUUGCCCACCGUGCUGCGCAUGGCGGCCGACGCCGUGGCCAACGUUCGCUUCAACGUGGCCAAAUCCCUGCAGCGCAUCGGGCCCAUCCUGGACAGCGGGACGCUGCAGACCGAGGUGAAGCCGGUGCUGGAGAAGCUGACGCAGGACCAGGACGUCGACGUCAAAUAUUUCGCACAGGAGGCGCUGACAGUGCUGGCGCUGGCCUGACCCCGCCCCCCCCCCCGGGG